AUGGACUGGCAGGAUCGCCUUGUGGACCCCACCUUCGUGGGAUCCAAGACCACCCAGGUUCUUCGAAAGAUUGAGGUGUCCCAGGCUGGGGAGUGCUGGAGGAGCCUCGCUCAUGGACAGAGAUUUUGGGUGCGGUCCGAAUCGCCGGCGGCUAUCGAUGAUGUGGUGACUUUUUAUGGAUGGCUGGUUUGUGGUAUGCAGCCUGAUGGUUCAGUUUUCAUCGAAUGCGAUGGCGAUAGCAAGGUUGUCUUUUGUUACCAUGGAGAUUCGCAUGAGGGAGUCAUGGCUAGGAGUGUUGUCUCUCUUUGCUCAGGCCUGGGUGGAAUGGACCUGGGGGCCCACAGAGUGGGCUACAAUACUAAGGUGAUGUGUGAUGUGAGUGAGCUUGCAACAAAGAGCCUGAGCAUCAAUUUCGGUUCGACCGUAUGCAUCGUUCAGGGAGACCUGCAAGAUGAAUCGACGAUGCGGGCCGUGCACACAUGCAUUGGGUGCGCUUCCCCCGUCAUUGCCGCCGGUUUCCCGUGUCAGCCGUACUCUCGGCUUGGUGACCUACGAGGAUUCAGCGACCCAAGGGCGCAAGUGCUGAGCUCGAUCUUGAGGAUCGGUUGGCUCACACAGUGUGGAGGAAUCGUCCUGGAGUGUGUGUCAGGGGCGGGGGAGAGUAGAGAAGUCAUCUCCAUGUUGAAGGACUUUUGCUCUUUGUUGGGCCUCCAGUCAGUUGAUGGCUCUUUGAGGCUUGAGAGGCUUUGGCCCAGUCGCCGCUGCCGUUGGUGGUUUGUUGGCACCCCUGCUGGAUGGCCACCUGUGCACUUUCGUGAUCUGCCGAUAGGUGAGUGGAAGACCAUUAAAGACCUCUUUCACUCCUGGCCAUUGUGGGGUCAUGAUGCUGAGAGGAGUCUGGCUUGGGAUGACCACGAGACACAGAUCUUCAGAAAUCCCCAGUAUGGCAAAACCGACAGACGACUGCAGAUCAAUGGUCAAGCACCCACUGCACUACAUUCCCAAGGAGCACAUUUUCGUCCUUGCCCCUGUGGCUGCAGAUCCAAGGGUUUCAGUGAGGACAGAUUGUUGAGGGGAGGUGUGCAUAGCAUCGAGGUGCGUUCGGGGCAUGACGUCUCAGUCUCACGACAUCCUCACCCAGCUGAGCUUGGCUUUCUGCAAGGGAUCGACCUUGGCUACACAUAUGCCCAGCCACUCAAGGAUCAGUUGUGCUUGGUCGGACAAGUGGCGUCCCCUUUUCAGGCCGCUUGGGUCUUUCUGCUGAUUGAGGAGUCUAGACCUGAUGGUGUGCCGGUCGAUGCGGAGGGGGCACUUCUGUUGUUUGCACAUGAUCUGAUAUCUCAGCAUGAUGAGAAGUGGACCUUUGCCCACAUGAACGAGCCUGUCAACUGUCAGGUCAGCUGCCUUGGUGAACCUGCAAUUACCUUCCGGGCUGAUGGCACCGCCAGAGUCGGAGAUUUUGUCGCUGCACAAGAAAAGCUGGUCAAGGGUAGUUCUUUGCAAGUCUUCCGCCAUGGACGACUGAGCACGCCUGACGAUCAACUACAAGCAGGAGAUUUCAUUUGCUCAGCUAAGGAGGUUGACAAGACGAGUGGAACCAUUUCGCUGUCUUUCGCCUGGUGUGGCCGCACAAUCACUAGAACAUGCGAGGCAGGGACUCGGCUGUUUGAGAUUGUCUAUGACAUCACUGAGGGAGUUGAGUGUGCCGUUUUUCUCUUUGGCAAAGACCUUCGCAUCUCCUUGGACACUCCAAUCUGGUUUGAUAGCCAUUUUGAGAUCGCCACACUUGUGAGAGGGGGUGGAAAGAAAACACAUGCAUUGCUCCAGCUUGUUGCCCGUGAUCAUGAGCUGCAACGUUGGUUUGCUGAGCGUAGAGCCGAUGGAACAGUGCACCCAGGGUAUGAUGCCGGCCUUGAUGAUGUCACUAUGACGUAUGCUGCAAGGGCAUUGAUCCAGGCUGCAGGUACGAAAGACCUCCAUUUUGUCGCUCCUCGUAUGACCUCCACCUGGCUUGACAUGCAGGUAGAUGAAGAGCGUGACCUUGUUUGCAAUGAGCUCAGCUACUUUGAUGGGUCCAGAGUCCUGGCACUGAUUGGCCGAGACGGUCAUUGGUCUGUUCUGGACUAUACCAUGCAUGAUGCUGGUGCUGAAGCCACUUGUGUUGAUGGAAUUGCUGACCGCCUGAAGCCUGAGGUGCAGGCUGUUGCGAGCAUGAUUCAUGCCACUUUUGGAUGUGGGCCCAUCAGUCAUGUUGCCGCCAGCUGUUUCCAACAGGGCGAUGACAACUUUUGUGGAGCCGUAGCCCUGCUGCACAUUGGGUGGCGCCUUGGCCUUUGGAACUCAUUUGAUGAAGGUGAUGUGAGAGCUUGGUACUCCAUCCUCAGAUGGGGUGUUGCCACUGUUUCCUAUCGAGGCGGAGGGGGCAAGUCUCAGCUUGACCCACUUGAGGAAUGGCUACGCCCCUUUCUUGAGGGCAAGGGAGUCCCACCUGACCUUGUGGCUGAUCGCAUCCAAGCAGCCGUCAAGGCACUAGGACGAGACAAGAUUGAGGAGGCCAUUAAAUCCAAGAACCCCUGGGCUCAGCUCAAGACCAUUGGCAAUAGCAAGUCCAGACCCUUCCUGUGGGUGCACUACGAUGAAUUGCGUCGCCAUGUCGAGGACAGGGCCAAGGAGAAAUGGGGAGCUUCAGCUGAUGUUCCAAAGCGGAAGGGCAGUGGGAAAGGCAAAUCCAAGGAGGCCAAGAUUGAGUCAUUGCUGGAGCCUUCACGUCUCAGUUUGGUGUCAGGCAUUUUCUUUGCGAACAGUAAGGAAGUUGCUCAGAUUGAUGUCUCCGAAGUCCGAUCGGGGGCUACUGGCAUAGCUUUCUGCCGCUUAGAGUCAGCCAUCCCGUACAUCGCAGACAAGAAGUCUAUCAGCAUGAGCCCUUUGAUGCUUCUCAUCAUUGAUGGGGACCCUGUUGAUGAUGACCGCUUGAAGCCCAUGACAGUCCCAGCGUGCUACAAGGGCACUGAGGAGCCUGUUCUAGUGAGCUGCAGGGCGCUCCAGCUUGGAGAUGUUGAGGUUUGUGAAAAGAAUGGUCCCGCCCCUGAGAUCGGUGUCCUUCCAACGAGAGUGCUCCGAAUCCAGAUCUUCCGAGAUGAAGUUGAGGACUGGAAAUCAGUUUCGCUGAGGCCAUUGAAACACCUUACUGACCACAUUGGGGCACUCCAGCUCUGUCGAGAGGCAGGAUGCGAUUGCAAGUGUGGCUGUUUCCAUCCUACGGUUGAGGAGAACGGAGCUGAGUCUGCCAUCACCGAUCGUUGGGGAUGGCGAUGGGCAAGACUCGAUGGACGCAAAUGCUCCCAGGCUGACUCUGAGGUCCUCUCACUGUUUCUGAGGGUUCCUGAAUCCGCGUUCACCUCUUUGCUGGAAAGCUCAGGACAUUGUGGGGUAUACGUUGAGCCGCGUCAGACCAAUGGUGCUGGCACAGACCCUGCAUACUCAGUGAUUUGGCUUGGAGGUAUGUCAGCAGCACAGGUUCGUCACAUUGUGAAGACGGAGGAUUGCAUCUCUUCAAUUGCUCGUCUUGGGACCCGGUUCGGGGUUCGCACUCUUGAGAAGCAUGCAGAGUUUGUCCACAAGAAGGUCAGCCCCACCAAGCCGUUCUUGAAGGGCAAUAUGGCACAUGUGUUUCGAGUUGGCCCAGUUCCUGCAGGCUCUCACCGACAAGGCCUCCAGGAUGCCUUCAAGCAACAUGGGUGGGACAUCAAGCCCCUCCACCCUGUCAAAGGUGGCUCUGGCUGUGCAUGGGAAGUUGGAGCUCGAGAUCAUCCGCCAGCACCUGCUCUGCGGCUCUCGAGUGGCUAUGUCACGAUCACCCAUGUCCGCUCCACUGAUCAGACGAGAGACAAACCGGUUGUGAUCGCCAGCUCCAAGACCCUUCAGCGGAUUAAGUCAGAUGCUGGACCCUCUCAGUAUGAAGCUUCAUGGGGCACAGAGGUCAAGUCGAGUGGGGACCCCUGGUCACAAUGGCUCCGACAGCGAGAAGGCCCCAGUGGAGUCAACCAUGGAACGACUCCCGAGAUCGUCUCCAAGAUCCAGUCUGUUGAAGAGCGAGUCCGCCAUGAAGUCUCCAGCCAGUUGAAGGCUGAUCUCAAGGAGCUUGUCAAGGACAGGGAUGAGGAUAUGGGAGAGCAACAGGCGGUGCAUGAAGAGCGCUUUGCCCAGCUUGAGGCUGAUAUCCAGAUCCUUCAGCAACAAGGACAAGAGCAAGCAACGCUCUCGCUCACGCAGCAAGAGCAACAAGCCCAGCCUGCGAGUACUCCUGGCCCAGUGCAGCAAGCUCUCGAGGGGGAGGCUGACCCUUUGCUGCGUUCUUCUACCUCAGCGCGGCCCACUGGGACCGUGAUUGGCAGUCGGGGUGAUGCCUUUGACUCGAUCGAGUGCUGCACACAGGCGGUUUUGAGUGAUCAGCUGGGUGGUGACCUCUUGCCGGCCUCCUCUACCUCAGCGCAGCUCUUCGAGACUGCGAACCCCGGUCGGAGUGAGCCCCUGGCUUGGUUCUCAGCCGCCCCUGAGGGCCUAGGAGUUGGACGAAAUUUUGAUCAGGUUGAAGGCUUUGAGGAUGGACUUCGAUGGUCGCUGGGUAGCCCUGAUGGUGCCAUUGUGGGUGUGGCUAACCCCUCAGGUGUUGCGGGCAAGUUGGACAUCUUCAAAUCUUUUUGCCCUGGCUGGUUUGGCGUUUGUGAGACCCAGGCCACAUUCCAGAUUCAGAGACAAUUCAAUGCGGCAGUCAGAAAUACAGGCAAAGACUUCAAGUUUUCUGCUGUCCAUGGUGCCCCUGCGCCUUUUCGGCCGGGAUCCAGCGUUGCAGGGAGCUGGACUGGUACGUCCCAGUUUAGCUCAUCUCCAUUACGACAAGUUCAGAUUAGUUGGCCUUCUGAUGAGUUCUCCAGUGGACGCCUAUGUGUGGCGGCGGGACGAUUGCAGGGCAUGCCUGCGGUGAUUGCCACGGUGUACUUACCGCCGAAAGGCCCGACAUACCCUCGGGCGAAGGAAUUGGGGGAGGAUCUUCUCCGACCGCUGUCCCAAGAGUUGGUUUAUGGUCGUAGUGGCUGCAGAGCAAUCAUUGGGGACUUCAACUGUGCCCCUGGUUCGCUUGUGGCACACCAGCUGUGGCAAGACUGUGGCUGGAUUGAAGUUCAAGAUGAGAUGGCACGGAGGCAUGGAUUGACCCCUUUCAACACAUGCAAGGGUGCUUCAAGGGCAGACCAAAUAUGGAUAUCGCCUGAACUGUCACGCUUCUUGACCGAUGUGGGUUAUGCCGACCUUUUUGCAGACCAUCGCUUGUUGGUGGCCAGGUUUGCAGUUCCAAAACAUGAUGAAAUGCAGUGGUUCUGGCAACAACCCCAACGACUUCCUUGGCAUGGGGUGAACAAAGAAGACAUGCGUGUUUGCUAUGAGGCCAUGCCCGAGAUUGAGAGGAGCUCAGACACCACCUCCACCCUUAGGCUGCGGCAGUGUUCUCUCCAAGUCCCCUCGAACCCUCGGGAGGGUCAUUUUGUGAUCCAGGACUCUUUCCUUGGUAGGGCAGUUCAAUUGUGGUAUGCUCAACUCCGGCGGCUUGAGUCUUUGCUGCACAACGUCCGAAGGGGUUCCAACUCGCAUGAGGCUGCUGCGGAGAGAUCCAUUGUAUGGCAGCGAAUCCUCACUGCCAAGGGAUUUCAGAAGAACUUUGCUCGAUGGUGGCGCCAAAGGCCGAUUAAGUUGCAAGGUGCCCCUGACUGCUUAGACUCAUGGCCCCCAGAGACCGGGACCCUAGAGGUCAUCGUCAAUGACUUCAAGCAGAACUAUGACAGAUUCUCGUCUUGGCACCGUGAUCGUAGACAGCGAGUCAUCCAGGCAAAGUGGAAAGAAGGACAGGAUUCUUGUUUUCGGGUCGCAAGACCAAAUCCCAAGGAACAGCUUGAGACUUUGGUUGACACAGUUGAACAGUGCAUUGAGGUUUGUGAUGCCAGUCGUCAGCUUGUGCGAGUCAGCUAUCCUUUUCCCACAGAGAGAAUCCUGAAAUGGACAUUGAAUCAAGUGCCUGCGAUUGUACGCUGUGUUGACGGGUUGUAUGAGGUUGAGAGUGACCUUGUGCUGUGCGAUGGCCAAGUUUUGAGUUGCAAGCUGAUUGUUGAUGAGAUCUCUGUCAUCCAAGAGCGCCUGCUUGAACUAUGGAAUGGGCGAUGGGGUCGACACGCUGGGGUGCCUGAGAGCCAUUGGCAGCAGAUCUGUGACUUUGCCCGCAGGUUUCUUCCUCGUGCUGCCCUUGAACUCCCCCCGGUCUGCUACGAGCAAUGGAUAGUCUGUGCCAAGGCAUUCAAACUCAAGGCAGCCACCGGGCCUGACGGUGUUUCCAGAGAGGACAUUCUCUCGUUGCCACGGACAGCAAUCGAGGAGCUCCUCAACAUCUUCUCCGACAUUGAACGGGGGGCCCCAUGGCCUGACCAGUGGAGGAGGGCGUUUGUGCACUGCGUUGAGAAAUUUGCAGGGGCUGAAGCGGUGUCAGGGUACCGCCCUAUUACAUUGCUGAGCAUUGUCUAUAGGCCCAUUACUGCCCCGGAGCUCGAGCCCUGUCGUUUGUUGACAAUUUGGAGGUUGAGUCUAGAGGCGGCAGGAGUGCGAACUGUCUUGGAGGCUCGGGACCUCGGUGGUCAGGCUGGACACUCCGAGCUGGUUGAUGGCAAGCUUUCUGGUUUUGAGGCCGAGCUCCUGCACAAUGUGCGUGAUGGCACCUUCUUCACUCGGGACAGCAUUGGCAAGUUUGCUGACGGGGGAGAUGCAUGCCCACAUUGCGGUGGGAAUGACUCAAGGGAGCAUCGCUUCCUGGAGUGUGUUCAUUAUGCUGACAUUAGAGAGAGGCUAGGUUUUGACCAUGCUGCAUGGUGGGAGUGCCCUGCGCCCCUUGCCUUGCAUGGACUAUGCGAUGUGAGCCCGUUCAAGACCCUCUUUUGGACUGCGCUUGAAAGUCUCCAUGAGGUUGAAACCUUUUUCAGCUUUGAGCCACCGGCCGAACGACACCGUCAUGUUUUCACUGAUGGUUCUGGCACUGACCAGGACAUCCCUGACAUUGCCUUAGCGGCUUGGGCUGUUGUACAUGAAGGGUCUUCGGCAGUGGUAGCUGCCGGGGGGCUUCCCGGUGUGGUUCAAACAGUCCCUAGGGCUGAGGCCUAUGCUGUGCUCCAGGCAGUCCGUUGGGCUGUGGCAGAGGAAGACACAACUCAUAUCUGGUCUGACAGUCUUGGGACGGUUGAGACCUUUCGCAGCGUCCAGGCCGGAGAUGGUUUUUCGGCACAUCUUGAGAACGCGGACAUUUGGAACCAGAUUUCUGAUGAGCUUGAGUUUUGUGCCGGAACCUUCCGUAUACAUAAGAUCCCUAGCCAUAGCCUUGAGGAGGACUGCCAAGGACCUUUUGAAGACUGGUGUAGGGUGAACAACUCCAAGGCCGAUAAUGCUGCAAAAUUUUCAAAUGCUUCUAGACCAUGCUGGUUUGCCUCUGUCUACGCAAAGCACAGGGAGCAUUGGCAGAAAACACACGCCCAGUUUGAACGGAUCACUGCAUUGCACCUUGAAGUUGCCCGGAGAGACCUAGAAAGCCGAGAUGAGCCUUUGCAUGUGGUUGAGAAUUUGUUUGAAGACUUAGGAGUUUGCUGUUUCCGUUCUGAGAAAGUUUGCCUUGCACAGACCAAUAGGCGCGAGGUGUUCCACCCUCGAAGCCUCAUCUCCGACCAGAAGCGCUCCGUGGGAUAG